AUGAACGAAGAAAUGAAAAAGCAUCUCAGCUCGCUGCCAUUUCUGGCAUGCAUUUCAGAGUUUCCAGAGAACCAAGCUGCUCUGAAACGUUCAACGAUUUUGUCUCUUGAAAGGCUUCACGAAUUGUUUAGUUCAUACUGGAAUGCAAAGCUGGAAGAGCGGCCAGACGAAGAGCUGAGUGCUUUGGUAGACGAAGCAGUUUUCUGUAGAACAGAAAUGCUUUCUCAGAGAAAAUUGCUAACGGCUCUGGAAGAAACUGUACGAAAACCCGACAAACCCACUGUAAGCAGUACCAAAUCGACACCCGAAAUUGCUGAACCGGAAAAGCGGUCGUCGAAGAAGAAUCUGUCUCCUAAACCAGUACCAAAAACAAAACCAUCCGUCAAAAAGUCACCAUCAUCCACAAAGCCGCCGAAGCCACCUGUGCCAAUCAUGAAACGGAAAUUCACUGGUCGGACUGAGGACAAUUUUGCCGAUGUCUUCCUCAAGGCCUCCUUCAAAACAUCGCGGUUUGGCGCACAUGAUUCUAUGCAAUCUGAUAUGGCGAUGAGCGACAAUGGUUGGGGAAGCACAGACACCGGCGGUUGGGGAAGCACAGACAACGGCGGUUGGGGAAACACUGGCACAGAAAGCAGUGUUCCUUGGCAAACACAAAACCAACCUGCUUCCCCCUCGAACCAAUCCUCGGCGGCUUCUAAGCUUAGUUGGUUUGAUGGAGACACACAAAUACCGACUGCGACAGACAGCAGCAUGCAAUGGGCCGGGGACGAAGAGGAUGUUGAAGAAGGUUGGGGCAAUCAAUCGGCAAGUUGGGGAGAAACCGAUUCUGUCGCAACUUACAACAACGAAUGGGCAGACCAUUACGGUCUCAAGAUUGGACAACAAAAUCAUGUUCCCAUGGAACCAACCACAUGGAAUACGCAAUCAUCAGAAUGGGACAUGGAAGAAGACAUGUCUGGAGGUUGGGGUGCUCCUGAACCUCCUCGACCUAUAGCCCGUUCUUCGCGCUCGGGCAACGCUUCCGCAGAUGGAGGGCAACCUCCUGUCACACGGACGAACGCCAUUCCUAAGGGACCUCCUCCAUCUUCCUCAAUGAAAUCAUCAUCCGCUCCUCAACCGCUUCCUCCUCCUCAGAUGGGCGCUCCGCCAGUACGGAAUCCCGGGUUUUCUGAGGUUGAAUGGCUCCAAAACCUCACCUUCAUUCAAAAUCAACCGGCGUGUUUGCGUGUGUACAACUCUGCUCUGCCUCACUAUCAACAACACCUUAUUGAUUUGAGUCAGUUAACACAACUUGUGUUUGCGGCUGCUGUUGAGUUCCCAACUGCGGACAACCAACCCGUCACCUCGCAGCUCGAGUUCCUUGCUGAGUUGGAAAAGCACGGACCGUUCACAAAAGCUGUUGGUGCCGCAGUAUAUAAGCUUGUUACCAGCAAAAACUUCAGUCUUAACGAAGCCGCUGCUAUCUGCACGCAGGCCAACGCCUUUGAAACGGGUAACCUGGGUUGA